CAAAAGUCAAAAGCUCCAUAUAAAAAAAAUAAUGGUGUGUGUAGGGACGCUUGAAAAGAAGAACUUCAGAAAAACUACAGAAUCAUCGCGAAAUAACUUUAACACAACUGAAAACGCUUUCUGAAACGCUUUGGUUCCAUUGUGUGAUUCACACCUGUAUGGUGGACACGGAGGUCACCGCGCACAGCCGGCUUUUUUAACAUAUAUAAGGACGGACGAGCCGUAUGUUUAGAACCGCGCACAGCCGGCUGAGGCGAUAAUUAUCUCGUUUGAUUAGCACAAUCAUCGCGGGAAAGAUAGCUGGAAGGGAGUACCAGCAGGCACCAUCGCGCAGCGGACGGAACGUCGACAGAGAUGUUGUCCGAACUGUUCGAUGGUUCGUCUGUAACGGGCGGUUCGGUGCGACGUGCCCUGCUAGUGGCGGCCGGUGUUGGGCUCGUCACGGCCUCCGGAUACGUCUUGUACCGAUUGCUUCAGCAACGGUGUGCCCGCCGUCCACCGACCGAGUGGCAUCGGGUUGGGGAGGUAUCCGACCUGUGGAUCUACCCGAUCAAAUCGUGUGGCGCGGUGCGAGUGGGCCAGUUCGAUUGCACCGAGAUCGGGCCGGGCGUCGGUCUGCUACGGGAUCGCAUCUUCAUGGUGGUCAAUAGUGGGGACGGCCGGUUCAUCACCGGCCGUUCCCAUCCUACACUGGUGCUUGUGCAACCGUCCUUCGAUGAGCCCGGCCACGAACGCAUGCGACUGUCCGCGCCUGGCAUGUUGGACGUCGAGGUUGAAGUGCGGCGGCUGCUGGAGGUGGGCCAGCACGAGUCGGCCUCGGUGUGGGACCAACCAGUGACGGCAAUCGACUGUGGUGAGGAGGUGGCCCGCUGGCUAUCGCGUUUCCUUCUGCAGGAGGACACCGGGCUGCGGCUGGUGCUCUACCCGUACGAUCGGCCAACACGCCCGGUGCGGCCUAAGAAUCGCAUCCACCGAAUGCUGACAGCGCGCGACUCGGGUGCACUACACGAUGCUACCAGCUACAUGCUCCUGUCCGAGGCGUCCGUCGCCGAUGUGAACGGCCGACUCGAGCUGCCUCCCAUCCAGGCGCUCCAGUAUCGCGCCAACAUCCUCGUAAAGGGACCGGGCGCCUUUGAGGAGGACGAUUGGCGAUGGAUUCGCAUCGGUGACACCGUGUAUGAGAACGUUAAACCCUGCACCAGAUGCCUCUUCACGAACGUGGACCCGGAGACGGGCGUGAGCAGCCCGGUGCAGGAACCACUCAACACACUGCGCAAGUACCGAAUGAAACCCGGCCUCGGUGCAUCCCCGGUGGUCGGCAUGCAGAUGGGGGUGCGCGUAACCGGCAAGAUUGCCGUCGGCGAGGCCGUCUACGUUGGCUGAAUCAGGAUAUAUUUGAACACUUGAAGCAGUUGCUCGUUGCUUACUCCAGUUCUAGCUUCAAGGCCUUUGCAAAAGCCCACCACCGCAAACACCACAGCAGUAGACCUCACAGUUCACCUCAGCCUCAAGCAGUGGUGCCAUUUCGUAAGGAU